AUGCAAACAUAGCCAGAUAAUGAAUAUCUGAAUACUUAAGCAAAUUAAGUAUAAGAACCUAUGAAUAAUAAAGGUUAUUUUUUGGAUCUUGAUUCUUCUGGGGCUUCUUUAGAAGAUGGUAGGAUGACUAAUCUAUGUUUUCAACGGUAUUGAUGUUUGGAUUAUAGUAAUUAGCUUUAGAAUGAUGGAUUUAAGUUUCUUUGUAUUCAACCUUAUUGGGACUGGCUUAACUGUCAUUACUUUAGAAUUGAUCCACUAUGAUCAAGAACCAGAAGCUCGUAUGGUGAUAUUAUGGGUGAUAUUCAUAUCAAAUUUAAUUUUAAUGGGAUUAGUUGUUAUAAGAAAUGCAGCUAAAUUGAAAUGGAGAGAAAGUAAAGGAGAUAUGUAUAGUGGAUUUAAUGUUGAGCCUUUAGCGAUAUCUUUAGAGAUUUUAAUUAUUGCAGCAUCUCCUUUACCAUUUUUAGAUGAUUAUAGUUUCUAAUUUGCAAACGAUUUUGUUGAAGGUGAAGUAAUGAUUUAAAGUUUAGUUAGGUUUAUUAUUAUGCUAAUGAAUUACUUUGUCUUACACUAGCAUUUAGAGUAAUCUUUUUUAUUCGUACAACUUUAUUGAAUUCUUAUUGGCAUUCAAAUAGAACUGAUAGAGUUUGUAAUCUUUAUGCAAGUUAAGCAGAUUAUAUGUUUACUAUCAAAUCUUUAAUGAGGUAAGAUAUAUGUAUUAAAAUUAUUGAGGAAUUAACCAUUUACAGUGAAUUAUAGUGCAAUGAUCUUACUCAUUUUUGUUUUUGGAUAUUGUUUGAGAAUCUGUGAGAGUCCUCUUAAUCGUAUAGACAUAAGUUCAAAUGAUUUUAGUAGUUAUGCAAAUUCAAUGUGGUGUGUAAUUGUAACUAGUACAACUGUAAAUUGCUUAUUCUUACAAUUGCAUAGUUAGGAUAUGGUGACUAUUAUACUAGAACAUUGUUAGGACGGAUUGUAAUGAGUGUAGUUUGUAUUUUGGGUAAUUUUGUGGUUUCAUCUAUGAUUGUAAUAAUCACAAAUGAAUCAUAUUUAUCUACAUUAGAAAAUAAGGUUGUAAUAUUAAUAGACAGAUUAAGUCUAAAGAAAUAAAUGUAAUAAGAAGCUGCCAUGAUAAUUACGAUAUUUGGUAGGAUCUAUUAUUCUAAAAGGUAUUUAUUAUUAUUUAUAUUAUUUGAGACAUCUUGAUUUUUCAGAAGAUGAAUUUACUGAAUUGAAUAAGAAAAUGAAGAAAUAUGCUAUGAAAUUAAAAUUAACUACUCGUAAAUAUGUGGCAGCAAGAGCUUUGGGAAGCUAAUUAGAAGAGAUCAACAGUGGUUUUAAUUCAUUGAAAGAGAAUCUAAAAUAAACAUCAUAAUUAUAAGAGGAUUUGAUUAAAUCAAAUGAAAAUCUUAUUAAUAAAAUUGAUAAUAAGUGA